CUAAUAGAUAGCAAUUCGCGGUUAUUACGUUUCCGUUCUCUUCUCCUCCUCGCACGGACUCGUCGGAGACCGAUUCGCGCCGGAAUUUUGAUCCCGCUGUUGAAUGAUCUGAGCUGAUUAGGUUGAUUUUUGUUUCUGAGAUGGAGACUUUGAUUUCGCUUGUGAACAAGAUACAGAGAGCUUGUACGGCUCUGGGAGAUCACGGCGAGGGAAGCUCCCUCCCAACUCUCUGGGACUCAUUGCCCGCCAUUGCCGUUGUUGGUGGUCAGAGUUCUGGAAAGUCUUCUGUGCUAGAGAGCGUUGUGGGAAAAGAUUUUUUACCUCGUGGAGCAGGGAUUGUUACACGUAGACCUCUUGUCCUGCAGCUUCACAGAAUUGAUGAAGGCAAAGAGUAUGCUGAGUUUAUGCAUCUUCCGAAGAAGAAGUUCACUGAUUUUGCUGCUGUGAGGCAGGAGAUCUCGGAUGAGACAGAUCGUGAAACUGGUCGCAGCAGCAAAGUAAUAUCUUCAGUCCCAAUUCAUCUCAGUAUCUUCUCCCCUAAUGUCGUGAAUCUGACACUGGUUGAUCUUCCUGGUCUUACAAAGGUAGCUGUUGAGGGUCAGCCUGAUAGCAUUGUUCAAGACAUCGAGAACAUGGUCAGAUCGUUUAUUGAGAAGCCCAACUGCAUUAUACUAGCUAUUUCCCCUGCAAAUCAAGAUCUUGCUACGUCUGAUGCCAUUAAGAUAUCUCGUGAAGUUGAUCCAAAAGGAGACAGGACUUUUGGAGUUUUAACAAAAAUUGAUCUCAUGGACCAGGGCACUAAUGCUGUUGACAUACUUGAAGGAAGGGGAUACAAACUAAGGUAUCCUUGGGUUGGUGUUGUGAACCGGUCUCAAGCUGAUAUUAAUAAAAGUGUUGAUAUGAUUGCUGCUCGUCGGCGUGAACGUGAUUACUUCCAGACCACCCCAGAGUACAGACAUCUUACUGACAGAAUGGGUUCAGAAUAUUUAGGAAAGAUGCUCUCCAAGCAUUUGGAGGUUGUUAUCAAGUCAAGAAUUCCGGGACUUCAGUCUCUUAUCACCAAGACUAUUUCCGAGUUAGAGACAGAGCUGAGCCGUCUUGGGAAGCCUGUAGCAGCUGAUGCUGGUGGAAAACUAUAUAUGAUCAUGGAAAUUUGCCGUGCUUUUGAUCAAACGUUCAAGGAACACCUUGACGGCACACGUUCAGGUGGUGAAAAGAUAAACUCUGUGUUCGACAAUCAAUUCCCAGCUGCCAUUAAAAGACUGCAAUUCGACAAACAUCUCUCAAUGGAAAAUGUACGGAAACUGAUCACUGAAGCAGAUGGAUAUCAACCGCAUCUCAUAGCUCCUGAACAAGGUUACCGCCGUCUCAUAGAAUCAUGCUUAGUCUCCAUUAGAGGCCCAGCUGAAGCAGCUGUCGAUGCGGUUCAUUCCAUUCUCAAGGAUCUUAUACACAAAUCCAUCGGCGAAACAUCUGAACUGAAACAAUAUCCAACACUAAGAGUGGAAGUAUCAGGUGCAGCGGUUGAUUCAUUGGAUCGAAUGAGAGAUGAAAGCAGGAAAGCAACUCUGUUGCUAGUAGACAUGGAGUCUGGUUACUUAACAGUCGAGUUCUUCAGGAAACUCCCACAAGAUUCUGAAAAAGGCGGGAACCCGACACAUUCUAUUUUCGACAGAUACAACGAUGCCUAUCUCAGAAGAAUAGGUUCCAAUGUGUUGUCUUACGUGAAUAUGGUCUGCGCCGGGUUGAGAAACUCCAUACCAAAAUCAAUCGUUUACUGUCAAGUCCGUGAAGCAAAACGAAGCCUACUUGAUUACUUCUUCACUGAGCUUGGCCAGAAAGAGAUGAGCAAAUUGUCGAAAUUGUUGGAUGAGGAUCCUGCUGUUCAGCAGCGAAGGACUUCAAUUGCAAAGAGGCUAGAGUUGUAUAGAAGUGCUCAAGCGGAUAUUGAAGCAGUUGCUUGGUCCAAGUAGAGAGUUCUUCACACUCUAAUUCUUUAUUUCCUUAGGAUACGUUUCUUUCGCUUCUCUUUUUCCAUUCUUUCUUUUUCUUUUGUUUUAUUCGGUGUUCGAAUUAACGUUGUUUCUGAAUAAGUUCUGUAAGACGAAUAGAUCAGUAUCUUUUAAGGCAGAAAAAUGGUUGAUCAC